UCAUGUGGCUUUGAAUAAAAUGGAUGAUGAGAAAAAUGACGAGACUGCGUUGAAAUUUAUGUGUAUAAUUGAUUACGAAAUUGAACGGAAUGGUUUAUACGAGAAAAUUAAGAACACCAAUUAUCCGAAACUUUUUGAAGAGUUACUUUGCUUUCAUUCAUAUAAAAACUUUACAUAUUAUGAGUAUAAAGAUAGUCCUUUCCUUAAUGGGAAAAAUGUACAGUGUUGUAGGUGCGAAUUAUUUGGCACAUAUACAUCGAUACUGACACAUAUUGCCAUAAAUCACGAUCUUCACAUUGGAAACAGAUUGUGCUUUUAUUGUGGAAAAAAAGAACUGAAAAUCCAUUUCGAGGAAGAAUCGCUGCAGAAGUGUUAUGAAGAGUAUCUUUUAAGCAAAAAUAUUACCGAGGUUGAGCUUGGAGCAAUUGCCGUGCAUAAAGUUAUAACUGAAUUCUAUGAUGUCAUGAAAUCUUUUUCAAAAUCAAUGGGAGUACUCAUUGUCAGAAAGUUACAUUCUUAUACUGCCAAGGGACGUUACAAACCCGAUAAAAUCCUUGAAAACUUCGACGACGAGGAUCCAUAUUCCACAGUUCUAAGGGUUGCUUAUCGGCAAAGCCCUCCGAAAAAAUCGAUUGCAUUGACUUCAAAACGAAGACUCGAAGACGUUUUCAAGAUAGCUAUCGAUUCACUGCGUGGUGGAGAUGCUUAUUCAAGAUUUAUACAAUCCGUCCCAGAACACUUGAGCGAAGAUGAUACAGCACCAAUAGGAUAUCAAGAACAAUAUCAACCGAGAAGAAGCGGAAUUUUCUCUAGAACUUCCAAUGUCUCUAUGGUAAAUAUACCAACAGCACGUUCUGCGUCUGUAAUGACUCUAAACGAAGUGAGAACAGAACCAUUUGUAGCUUAUUUAUCUCAAAUACUCAGCGAAAUCCCAAACUUUGAAGCUCGUCGUAAAACCGAAAAAGAUUUGUUAGAAGUUGCAAUGAAAGCCCGACUUAGUCAAGGAAAUAAGUGAAAGAAUUUGUCUAUUCAGUUUAUAGUGAAGCGAAUCCGGUCCUAGUCUGUAUUUAAUUUGAAAAUGUUUAAUAUUUUCACUAUCUAAUUAAGAGCAAUUUACACUCCGACCUUCUAUGAAAAUAUAUUUUCGAUUAUAAAUUUUUAGUCGAUAAAAGUCAAAAGUUGAAAAAAAAAAACCACAAAAAAUCACAAAUUUCAGGAGUUUUGAGUUUCCUCGGAUGACACUAUAUAAAUCUGGACAAUUCCAGCGGCUGUCGAAACUUUAUAUAUUUCGGCAUCAAACGAUGAGGAAACCUCUUUCAACAAUAAUUCGAAUAAAAAGUCAUCAUCGAAAAUAUAUUUGCAUAAGUGCUCUUAAGUGGUCUAUAUAGUAUCUCAGUUAAUCGCGUUUAUUGCUAAAUGUGUUAUUUCAAAGUGAUUCUCUGAGGUGAAGACCACUUGAAUUGUUGAUUAGAUAGUGAAAAUAAGUUCAUUUCGUGUACAAAGUCAGUUUUGCACAUACAAACUGAUUUUUUACGCAAAAAAAAUUGAUUUUGUACGUAGAAACCUUGAUAUUGUACACAAAUAGUAUAUUACAUCACAAGGAUCAAAAAGGUGUGUCACCCAGAUGGUGAAAACACAUCUUUUGAUCCGAGUGAUACUAUUUUUCAUCCUGGAGUACGAAAGUCACAUUCCGAACAAAACAUACCGAAAAUUUUGUUCAUUGAGCAUAUACUGCGAUGUCACACAGUUAUUGCUGUUACAUGUGUAGUAACUGGUCUGCUAUAUGUGUAUAGCAACAGGUGCUGUUGCAUGUGUAGUAACUGGUGCUGUAAAAUGUGUAAGAUCAUCUAGUUGAUCCAACUUGAAAAAAAAAGUUCAUGAAACAUUUGGGAAAGAAUAAAGAUAUCAUCGAAAAUAACAUAAGCGGGAAUGAAAAGUGGAGAAAAACGUAAGAGGAGAAUGAUGCUGUUUUUGAGCUAAAUUUGGUGAGAGAAUGUGACGUUAUUGG